AUGGAUACUGUUAGGAUCAAAGAUCAGCGUGUGCUGAAUGAUCUUCGCUCAGCUCAGAGUUAUGCCACCAACCAUAAUAAUAAUCCACAUAGUAGUAGCUCAAGUCGUUGUUGCGACCUGGACGACGAGGAUCAGAUGCAUAACUUGACGAUGGAACUCAAUAAGUCGGGACAGGCUAUCGGUGGCUCAGCAUUCAACUUGCCAUACUCAAUCUCGACAACUUCCAAUUUGCCCAAGUUCACAGUAUGGGGCAAGCUGGAGAAUAGCAAGUACUGCAUCGACUUGACAAUGACACGCACUAUCUUGGGCAGGGGAGACGCCGCCGACUUCAAAUUCCCCAGCGAGGCAUUGGUCUCUAGCAAGCACUGUUCAAUCACACUAGGCCUGGCCCAGCAACACGACACAACUCUGGCGCCAGAGUUGUUGGCUUUCAUCACUGAUCACAGCACCAAUGGAACACUCUUGAGCAGACAGCCCAUAGAGAGGAGACAACCCACACUGUUAAGGGACGGCGCCGAGAUUUCCCUGCAGUCCGAUCGCACCACCACAACAUUUGUCUUUAGAAGUCUGCUCCAGACCCUCAGUGUACAGGACAAGUUGGAGAUAAUCGACAACCUGGAGCAGCAACAAUCAAUUGAUGCUGAUGAUAUUGUCACUGAUCUAUCUCAAUCGGCAUCAUCAAUCACAUACUCUGGAGUUGACGGUUGUGCCAUGGACAGCAUCCCCUGCCAGUCUGGCUCCCGUCCAGAGUCAUUCAUCCAACUUCUUAAAGUCCAGCCAACACUGGCCAACAUCAGAUUGUUGGCAACUGAGGUCCGUCUUCAGUUUAUGGGACUGCCACUGACGGCUAAUCCUACUGGACCAUCCCCAUCACUAAACAAGAACGACCAAUACUCGUGGAUCAACCAAUUCAUCCAUCUAGGCGGUAUAUCCGCCCUUCUGGAUGUGGUCUCUGUCAACAACAAGAACGCGUCCAAGUCAUCCGAGUCCAAGAUGGACAUCGACAUCGAAUGUAUUAACACCCUCAAGAUACUCAUCAACUUUAAUAUUGGAAUGAAGGCCAUACUUUCUGAGCCCAACAGCACAUUUAGUGACAUGUUCCUGGUGCUACUCAAUCCCAAACAUACUCCAACUCUCAAGACAGCACUGUUCUCAAUGUGCUCCAAUAUAUGUCUGGUGUCCGAACAGGGCCACAACUAUGUGUUGCAGGCAAUGGAGAGAAUACAGAUACUGAGGCGUGAUAAACAUCGAUUCAAAUGGUUGAUGGAGUCUUUGGUCGAGGAGACGGACAUCACGUACAAGGUCAGCUGCAUGUCCUUUAUCAACUCCACUUUGCAAGGUGCCAUCAAUGACUCUGUCAAGGAAUCCCUAAAACAAGAAUUCCUACAAAUCCCCUUCCAGCGACUUUUCGAGUUGCUCCAUCAAGAGAACUCGCCCAAGCUCAACGACCAGCUCAACACAUUCUCCCAGCACUUUGGCAAGAGUCAUGACCUCUGGUUCAAAUCGAUCAACCUAAACGAUCCUGUAUCAUUAUGUAUUGCAGUCCACAACCAAUUGAAGGAAGAAAAGUUGGAUGAUAGCUUAACGUCAAUUUUGAGAGAGUUGUUCACUAUCUCAUUCCCAGACAACGCCGCUGUAUCAAGUAAUAGCAAUGGAAGUAGUCCAAAUGGUGCCUCACAGCCAGUGGCAGUGGACCGCAGUGAGAUGCUAAAGGUGUUGGCACAGUUCACCAAGUCAUUGUCAUCUAUGCACCUCAACGCCACUGACCCAGUCAACUAUGACAAGUCGAUGAGCCGUCUGAGGCGUACCAUCACUUCAUUGCAAGAGGAGAGCAUCAACUCGAGUCCCAAGCCAACAACAUCAUCAAUGUCAUCGCAAGAGAACUCAUUCUGCAGUUCGCCAUCAUUCUCCCCUUCUCCGCCACCCCCACCUCCCCCUCCCAUGGCCCCGCCACCUCCACCUCCUCCCGGCACAGACGCCAAGGGUGCCAACAAAGAGAAACUUCCUUCCAACGUCCAGAUGAAGCAGUUGUUCUGGUCCAAGAUCCCUUCCUCCAAGGUCAAGAAGACUGUCUGGGACAAGUGUGAUGAGGCCAAGCACAUCGACUUUAGCAAGUCAAAGUUGGACGAGUUGUUCAGUUGCAAGAAGAUGAUAUCAAAGAAUGGCUCGCAGCUCAAUAUGAAGGAGGAGAAGAUAUCGAUCGUGGACAUAAGACGCUCGAACAACAUUGGUAUCCUAAUAUCAAAGUACAAGAUCACAUCAAACUGGAUUGUGGACACCAUGUUAUCGAUGGACGAGAAGCAACUCAGCAAGGAGAUUGUCUUGGUAUUGGUCAAGUGUGUGCCAACCAGCGAGGAAGAGGGACUGCUCAAGAACUAUCAAGGCAACAAGAACAUGAUCUCCCCAGUCGAUCAAUUCCUGCUUGAGACUCUCAAGGUGCCAAAGAUUAGAGAGAGACUGAACUGCCUCCAGUUCAAGCAACAGUAUGACUCAGUUAUCGAUGAUGUUAUGAUUGGGUCAAAGUACAUUGAGACCACCAGUUUGGCCCUGCUCAAGUGUUCGCCACUCAGACAACUGCUUCACCUCAUUCUAAAGAUUGGCAAUUAUCUCAACACUGGAACAAACAGAGGAAAUGCUGAUGGAUACAAACUGAGUUGUCUCCUGACUCUUUCCACUACCAAGUCAUUCAACAACAAGACAACAUUGUUACAUCAUAUUGCACAGAUUAUCUCUGAUAAGCAUCCAAACCUUUUGAUCACCUCAGAGUCAAUACCAUCUUUGGAGCCAGCCAGCAGAGUGCAAUGGAAGGAGCUGCUUGGUCAUAUUGAAUCCUUGAAGCAGGGCAUGGCAUCAGUCCAGAACGAGGUUGAGUCACAACUGGUCCAAUAUGGAGUCGAUCCAUUCACGUCCAAGAUGAAGAACUUCAUCAUUGCCAAGCAGACGCAGCUUGAGGACGUUGUAAAGUACACCAAGAAGGUGGAGGAGUCGUUCGAUAACUUGAUGAAGUAUUACCUCGAGGAGUACCAGGCGCCCGAGGAGUUCUUCUCCCUGUUGAACAACUUCUUCACCAAUCUGAACAAGGCGCAUCGUGACAACCAGAGAGAGACGGCCAUGGCCAACAAGUCUGCAAUGACCAAAACGAUCAGGAGACAUCCAACUGUCAACACGUCCAAGAACAAGAAGUCGGUGGCUGACAAGCCCAAUGGUGGAGAGAACGAGUCCAAGUUCAAUCUGUUCAGCAAGAUUAAGAACAAGGACAAGCCAGUGUCAAAGAGUAGCAAUGAUUUGAAGAACUUCAAGUCUGAGCUGAAGGACAAGGUACACAUGGCCGAUCUGAGGAGCUCAGCGCCACCUGGCUCAUUGGGCAAGGCCAGGAAGGACCCUGUUUCAGCCCCACUGAAGGACUUGAAGAAGUUGAGCGAUCUUAGCGCAUCUCCAACCAACUCAUUCAAGUUUAAGCAACAGCUCUCUCAGACUCCAUUCGAGGUGGAGGACUUGCAGGCUCCAUCAGACCAGGGUAGCAAUAUCAAGAACAUCAAGGAGCGACUCUUCAGGCAAUCCGGAGGUCUCGAGUUCCCCCUCCCAACCAUCGAGGUGGUCAAGCCCAGUGCCCCAGCCUCCACUACUCCAUCUUCAGCACCGACCACCAUCAAGGUGAGCAGGCAGCAAUCCAGGUCAAAGUUAUCCGCCACGAUCAAGCAGAAGAACACUCCAUCGCCAAACUCUACCACCAGGUUAGCACCGCCAUCCCCAAUCUCCAAGACUCCAUCAGCAUCCUCUUUGUUUGAGCAGGUCAAACCGCCAUCACCAUGGACCCAGAACAGAUUGAAGAACAGAGGUGGCCACAAAAACACCAAUCUUCCACACAUCAAGUCCAUCGAGGACAAGAAGUCAUUCUGGACCAACAACUCCUAUCCCAACGUACAGAUGUCCAACACGAGCUACAAUCACAGUGUCAACACCAGCACCACCACAGAUAUCUCAACUUGCCAACGAAGGAAGACUCCCAGCGAGCAGUUCAAUUCUUCCCCGGUGCCCGUGACUCCAUUGCCAGACAUGUUGCCAGAGUUCAACAGGAUGUCAUCCAACCCAACCGCUCGGCCAUCAAUAUCUGUCCCCUCUCUAGUCUCUCCAACCAGGGUCAAUCAGCAAGGCACAAGGUCUGUGCCCCAGAUUCCACAACUCAAGAAGUCCAUCACUUCGCCAACCUUUGGCGAGCCCGAGGCACGCCCAUAUGAACGAUCCAUGUCGUCACAAGUCAACUCCUUUGAACCACUGGAUGCGCCACGCUCCAGCAAUGGCAGACCUACCAAGGCAUUGACCAAGGAGAAGGCCAAGAAGUUGCUAAAGAACAUCAAGAACAUAUUCACACUGAAGAGGACGCCUCAAUCAAAGAAGGAACAUGCCAACGAGCCAGAACCAAUGGCAACGACACUUGUGAUUGCUCAAUAA